AUGCCGUCCUAUGUUAUCACCGGAGCUUCAAGAGGUAUCGGCGUAAGCAAAUCGGGAAGCCGUCACCUAUCAACUACUGACCGCCAUCAGUGGGGAUUCGUCCAGCAUCUCUCGGAAGAUCCCUCAAACACUGUCAUUGGGCUAGUUCGGAAUGCGCCCCCAACCAUUGAACGAGUGAAGAACGAGCUUCCAGACCGCAAAAACAUCCAUAUUCUCCAAGCCGAUCUAAACGACGACGCAGCGAUCAGAAAGGCUGCCACGGAUACCGCCAGUAUCACCGGCGGGUCUCUCGAUUAUCUUAUUGGUAACGCCGCCUAUCUGGCCUUGUAUGACCAGUUUGACAGUCCCGGCGAGCUACUCGCCAAAUCUUCCCAUGAGGUCUUCACGAAAGAAUUCCACAAUUUCAUGGACACGAAUGUUUUGGCGCAGAUUUUCCUCUACGAAGCUUUCCUGCCAUUCAUCCUGAAAGGCAAGGCCAAGAAAGUCCUGUCCAUAUCCAGUGGCAUGGGUGACCUCGAAAUCAACAGAGAAUAUGACUUCGAUCACGCCAUCUUCUACUCGUCAAGCAAAGCUGCGCUGAACAUGGUCAAUGUCAAAUUUGGUGCGCAGUAUAAAAAGGAUGGUGUCCUGUUCCUGAGUAUGUGUCCUGGAAUGGUCGACACUGGAAGUUUCAGCAAAUUGAGCCCCACACAGGGUGCCAAGUUGCAAGAGGUUACUGCGAAGUUCCAGCAGUACUCACCUAGCUUCACGGGACCUUAUGAGCCCGUCGAGGCUGUCAAGAAGAUGACGUCGACUCUCGACAAGCUAAGCAUCGAGAAUGGCGAUCAGGGUAAGUAUUUGUCGCAUCUUGGGACGAAGAGGUGGCUCCCUUGA